UCCUAAUGCAGUCCUCUCCACAACAAUUUAGCUAUUGAGGCUAUUAGAAAUAUAUAACAGUGUAGUUAAAAAUGUCAGGUAAACGGAAACACAAGACUCUACCUUUGAAAGAUAAAAUUGAAAUUUUAAAUAAGUUAGACAGCGGAGAAACGAUGUGCAAAUUAGCAAAAGAAUAUGGAGUCGGGCGUUCUACUAUACAUGACCUUAAGAAAAAAAAAGAAAAGAUACUGGACCACGCGAAUACAAUGGAAUCUGGACUAGAAAAGCGUAAAACAUUAAAAGGUGGUCAUUGUCCCAAAAUGGAAAACGCUCUGUACAUGUGGUUCAUGCAAGAGUCUUCUAAACAAAUACCUGUAUCAGGAUCGAUUCUGAAAGCAAAAGCAAUAGAAUUUUACAAAGAAAAUACCAAAAAAGACGAUUUUCGUGCCAGUAAUGGGUGGUUGGAUAAAUUUAGAAAGCGAUUUGGUAUCCAUCUAACCGUGUCGGGUGAAAAAAUGUCAAGCAACGAAUCUGCAGUCCAGCAUUUAAAAGACAAAGUAGAGGAACUGGGUCUUCGUGACCAAAUGUAUAAUGUAGACGAAAGUGGUCUGUUCUGGGAAAUUUUUCCCAAUGAAACCUUCGUAUCCUCUGAGGAAGCGAGCGCACUAGGCCAUAAAGCGCUUACAAUGGCUACGAUCAAUCGAUCGCGAAGAUUUGUUCGAUGAGCCAACACGUCGCAUACUCGUGUGUGAAGUACAUUUCAAAGCUGAAGAUAUAUCCGUGAACUCUCGUCGAAAACUACUAAAGAAGAAUUGUUCGCCGUGCUUACAUUUGCCUAAAAAUAAAGAAGAUAAAGUCAACAACACGCCAGUCAACACUACAACAACAGCUACAACCCAAACUGAUAUACCGACAUGCUGUGUUUCAUGCGAAACACAGAAGAUCAGUACGUCGGAAAACAUAACUCAAACUACCACAUCGCUUUCUGCUGAUACUCCGCGCAAAAGGAAAUUGAAAUCAGAUUUGUCAAGUUUAAAAAAACGGUUAAAUUUUCAUGAAAUAGGAUAUAUAUAUCCGCAUAUAGAAAGAUUUAUUUUGCUAACAUCACACAGUCUCCAAAAGAAGGUAAUUGUUCUGAAGAUCUAACAGAAUUUCUUAUCAAUUUGAAAAAUCAUCAAAAUUUUGUAACAGGCGCCAGAGAAAUCGAGAAAAAUGUAACCAACAGCUACGAUAACAAUCAAACACAUGAAAAAGAAAAUGUUUUAUGUGAAAUUCUACGUGCUGACUAUGCACAACUUCAGCUACCUGAAAAAAAUUCUUUUUUUAUGUUUGUGGUGCUUUGUUAAAAAGGUCUGUAGAUUUUCAUAAGGAAUGUGAAAUUUUAAAACUACGCCGAUGUCAAUCAGCGCCCUUGUAAUUUCAGCCCAGAAACUAGAUACAUUAAUUAUUACAGGAAUUAUGGUACUGAUCGAAAUUUACUCAUGGUACCACCCGAUGAUUUUGUCGCCAAUAUCGAAAGGAUGGAGACAGACAGACAGACACUCCAAUUUUAUUUAUUAGUAUAGUAUAGAUGUAUUUUCUCACAAACAGGCAUUCACAGUCGAGUGGGCUUCAUACAUCUGUUCGGCGUGUCGUGUACUGUCUUCAUUGUCGAAAAGUUUUUUGAUACAAGUGUAAAUUUAAAAAUAACAUCCCCGUCAAGUGAAGGUUACAGUAACCAGAAAAGAACUGAUAACUUUCAAACGCCUGAA